UUUCCAGCUCAACCGAUUGCAAAAGAUUUGACUAGUGAGCGACCCACUGGAUUGCCUCAAGUUCCAGCCCGUCCCACACAAACGCAAUCAGGGCGCACUAGUCAGAAUCCGGGCUCCGGUGUACCUGCUCCAGCUAUCCAUGCUCUUGCCACUGGUGGUGGUGGUGGUGGUGGGGCUAUUCCUCCUGGGUUUCGCAUCCACCCCCCUGCUACGAAUGCAGAUCCAAGUGAAUCACGUAUCAUUGAGGAUGCGAUCACACGACGUGUUGUGAGACCGACCGCUAGCUGUGACCCGUCCCCACAGGCAACAGUCACAAAUGCACCCGAUUCCUCCGCACAACCACAGCAGUUGGAAUCAGAUAUGAUGAAUAUUAAAAAGAUGUCAUCUGUUAAGGAGCUGUCCGAAUCGACCGAUAGUUCCGUACCACCAACCAUCGUGGUUCCUCCGGCUUCAGAUACCACAUCACCAAAGGCGCCCAUUCAAUCGGAAUCUGUGGCUAAUCAGUCUCGCCAAACUGAACUUACCGGAUCAUGUCCGAAUCUGGCCGGAGCGACCAGGUUCAAAUUGGGUACAAAGAACAAACAUACGGGUUUGAAGACACAAGCAGCCGCGCCUGUGGUGACAAAAGCUAGUGCAACCGAAAACGAGCAAACUGCAAAGCCAUCGGAAGCGGUUACGACCAUUGCUGCGAAGAUGCACGCCACAGAUCCGGCUUCAAAUGUGAAAGAUGCUGCUCCGCCCAAAACAGAUGCACCCACCAAUGUGCAGCCCCCUAGAACGGACGAUACGAGACCCAUUGAACAAACGCGAAAGCUCGCUCCACUUCGUCGGCAGCGACACGGGAUGGAGCAUUUAUACACAUUACAAGGACAAGCGGUCACUCCUUUGUUGGUGGCUCCGAUCAACUCGAAACCACAGCCACACGCGGCCGCGCCGGCUCCCUCGGAACGUCCUGUUUGCCCUCCACGACCGCAACCGAAAGUCGAACCGCCAUCGACACAAAAGCAACAACCACAAGCGUCGCAAGAACUGCAAAAGCAGGUCCAGCAACAUCAACUGUUGCCACAACCACAACAGUUGCGACAGACACCAGUGCCUCAACCUACCUGGACAACCGGUCCAGCUGCUCCGACUGGUGUGGAACACGUGAACACUGCCACUGUGGUUCCAUCAACGGCAACUGUACCAACCACCACCACUACUACAACUCAACCGGUACAAUCUGUGCCUCCUCAGUCGCAGACCCAAAUGCUCCCAUCGAACGCAGUCUCGGGUCCUACCGGUGCGACUAUCGCCCCGGUCAGCGCAGGCUCGGUUAUCGGCGGAAGUGGACCAGCUUCGUUUUUUACCAGCCAGAUGACUGCUUUCAAGGUUUGGCUGCAGACUGCGGAUGAGAAACAGCCCCCGGCUACGCAGUUACCUAUUCUACUCCAGAUUCUACUCAGCCAAAGUCAUCGUAUUCGAGCCAUGCAGCUACUCAGCGAAUUUCUAGACCUGGGUCCUUGGGCUGUGACACAUUGCUUGACGGUCGGCAUUCUCCCCUACAUUGUGCGGCUGUUUCACUCACCCGUGGCCGAAGUCAAACCACAUUUGGUCUUCAUCUGGGGCAAAAUAAUCGCCACUGCUCAGACAGAAUUUGGUCGGAACGAUUCGGUGCGCGAUUUCGGAUAUAAAUAUUUCAUCACUUGCCUGAGUGAUACAGAAAAUCUGGUGCCGCUCACACGAACUAUCACGGCUUUUGCUUUGGCCAAGAUGCUGGAGAAGGAACCAAACGGUGAGUCCGAUGCAUUCUUCCAGGAUGUCUAUCUAAAACAAAACUUCAUCCCGCUCGUGCUUUCUCAACUGGACGAGAAUCCACCUUAUCUGGAUGUGGAAAUAUAUGUGCGUCUGCGUCUAUGGCUUAUUUUCGCCCUGGCCAAAGUUCGGGCAGCCACCGUAUAUGCACUGGGCACGCUGAUCGCGAAUCAGACCGUGGAUGCAUCGAAACAGGAUCAUGCGGAUCAGAUCAGUCAUCAAGUGGGCGCACGCCUCGCUCGUGUGGCUUAUCUGGAUGCUAGUUGGCUUGUGCGCUGUGAGCUUGUGGUUGCAUUUGCUGGUCUGGCUCGUCAGUUCGAAGUCCAAUUGUGCGCAAUGGCCAUGUGUAGUGCACAGGAAUGGAACGAUGGUUGUAGUCCCGCUCCGACCACGGUCAGUCAUAUACCCGUCGGAUCCGGUCGUCCGGCUCGGCAUUCCGUCUCCGUUUGUCAAUUGCUAGAUUUCAAUGGAGAAGCCUAUCAGGCGUCGUAA